UUUAGGAGGGGGCUAAAGGAGGGUCUUAGUUCUCACUGACUGAGACUUGCCUGUUCCCCUGCCCCCUGUCCUCUCUGUUCUCCAGCAUGGUGUGCUUGUGUUUCCUGGGAGGCUCCUGGAUGACAGCUCUGAUGUUGAUAUUGAUGGUGCUGAGCCCUCCCCUGGCUUGGGCCAGGGACACCUCACCACAUUUCUUGUUCCUGGGGAAGGCCGAGUGUCAUUAUCCCAACGGGACGGAGCGGGUUCGGCUUCUGGACAGGUACUUCUAUAACGGGGAGGAGUAUGUGCGCUUCGACAGCGAAGUGGGGGAGUUCCGGGCGGUGACUGAGCUGGGGCGGCCCACUGCCAAGUACUGGAACGGGCAGAAGGACUUCAUGGAUCAGAAACGCGCCGAGGUGGACACGGUCUGCAGACACAACUACGGUGUUGAUGAGAGCUUCACGGUGCAGCGGCGAGUUGAGCCGACAGUGACCGUGUUCCCCUCGAAGACGCAGCCCCUGCAGCACCACAACCUCCUGGUCUGCUCCGUGAAUGGUUUCUAUCCAGGCCACAUUGAGGUCAAGUGGUUCCGGAACGGCCAGGAGGAGGAGACUGGGGUCGUGUCCACAGGCCUGAUCCGUAAUGGAGACUGGACCUUCCAGACCCUGGUGAUGCUGGAAACAGUUCCUCAGAGUGGAGAGGUCUACACCUGCCACGUGGAGCAUCCAAGUCGCACGAGCCCUAUCACCGUGGAGUGGAGGGCUCAGUCUGAAUCUGCACAGAGCAAGAUGCUGAGUGGAAUCGGGGGCUUUGUUCUGGGUCUGCUCUUCCUGGUGGUGGGGCUGUUCAUCUACUUCCGGAAUCAGAAAGGACACUCUGGACUUCAGCCAACAGGACUCCUGAGCUGAAGUGGAGAUGCUGACACUCCAGGAAGAACCUUCUUUUCAGGCUUCCUCACACAGUGAAAAUGUUUCCUGUUUGGCUCGUAUUCUUCCACAAACACAGUGCUUUCUCAGGAUUUGGUUUGCCCUGGGUUCAGUGACCGUGCAGAACCUGUCCUCCCUGAUGGCUCCCUCCACCCCGUCCUUGACCUGGAAGCCCCAGUACUGACUGCAGUUCCUUAUCUUCAUUCUCUCCCAGCUCCGUGUGUAUUCAGCCCCUUAAUGCCUCCUUUACAUUGGAACUCACCUCUGUUCACGUGUCUUUAUCAGCUUUUCUCAAAUAAACAUGGAGUGACAAUCA